CCCAGGGAGCGAGCCCGAGCGACGCCCGCGAGGCAGCAGCUGCAGCGCUGACACCACCUAGAGCAGGGGGUCCCAGGCGGCCAGAGCGUUCUGUUUUGACCCCAAUGUGGAUGAUGCAGUCAGGGCCGAACCACUGAUCAGAAUCUGAAAAAUUCCCAUUUUCUCAGUCGCCUUCGGUUGAGAUAAGAUGGAAGACUCUUACAAGGAUAGGACUUCACUGAUGAAGGGUGCCAAGGACAUUGCCCGGGAGGUGAAGAAACAAACAGUAAAGAAGGUAAAUCAAGCAGUGGACCGGGCCCAGGAUGAAUACACACAGAGGUCCUAUAGUCGGUUCCAAGAUGAGGAGGACGAUGACUAUUACCCGCCUGGAGAGACUUACGAUGGGGAGGCCAAUGAUGAUGAAGGCUCCAGUGAAGCUACCGAGGGUCAUGAUGAAGAUGAUGAAAUCUAUGAAGGAGAGUAUCAGGGCAUCCCCAGUAUGAACCAAGGGAAGGACAGCAUUGUGUCCGUGGGGCAGCCCAAGGGGGAUGUGCACAAGGACCGGCAGGAGCUGGAGUCAGAGAGGAAAGCUGAUGAGGAGGAACUAGCCCAGCAAUAUGAGCUGAUAAUCCAAGAGUGUGGCCAUGGUCGUUUCCAGUGGGCCCUAUUCUUUGUCCUGGGCAUGGCCCUUAUGGCGGAUGGUGUGGAGGUGUUUGUUGUUGGCUUCGUGUUGCCCAGUGCUGAAACAGACUUAUGCAUUCCAAAUUCAGGAUCCGGAUGGCUAGGCAGCAUAGUGUACCUUGGGAUGAUGGCAGGGGCUUUCUUCUGGGGAGGACUGGCAGACAAAGUGGGAAGAAAGCAGUCUCUUCUGAUUUGCAUGUCUAUCAAUGGAUUCUUCGCCUUCCUUUCUUCAUUUGUCCAAGGUUAUGGAUUAUUUCUCUUCUGUCGCUUACUUUCUGGAUUCGGGAUCGGAGGGGCCAUUCCCACAGUGUUCUCCUACUUCGCGGAAGUGCUGGCCCGAGAGAAGCGGGGGGAGCAUCUGAGCUGGCUGUGCAUGUUCUGGAUGAUUGGUGGCAUCUACGCCUCUGCCAUGGCCUGGGCCAUCAUCCCGCAUUACGGAUGGAGCUUCAGCAUGGGGUCAGCUUACCAGUUCCACAGUUGGCGUGUGUUCGUGAUAGUCUGCGCACUCCCCUGUGUCUCCUCGGUGGUGGCCCUCACAUUCAUGCCUGAAAGCCCACGGUUCUUACUGGAGGUUGGAAAACAUGAUGAAGCGUGGAUGAUUCUGAAGUUAAUUCAUGACACAAACAUGAGAGCACGGGGUCAACCUGAGAAAGUCUUCUCGGUCCACAGAAUCAAAACUCCCAAACAAAUAGAUGAGCUGAUUGAAAUUGAGAGUGACACAGGGACAUGGUACAGAAGGUGUUUUGUCCGGAUCCGCACGGAACUCUAUGGAAUCUGGUUGACUUUCAUGAGAUGUUUCAACUACCCUGUCAGGGAAAAUACAAUAAAGCUUACAAUAGUUUGGUUCACCCUGUCCUUUGGGUACUAUGGAUUAUCUGUGUGGUUCCCUGAUGUCAUCAAACAUCUGCAGUCGAACAUGUUGCCCAUUGAAAAGAUCGAGAGAGAAAAAUUUUCAAAUUUCAGUGUUAACUUUACAAUGGCAAAUCAGUUGCACAUGGGAGCAGAGUACGACAAUGGCAGAUUUCUAGGGAUGAAGUUCAAAUCUGUAACUUUCAAAGACUCACUUUUUAAGGCCUGCGUCUUUGAGGAUGUGACUUCAGUCAACACCUACUUCAGGAACUGCACAUUUAUUGACACUGUUUUUGACAACACAGAUUUUGAGCCAUAUAAAUUCAUUGAUAGCGAAUUUCAAAACUGCUCAUUUUCUCACAACAAGACGGGAUGCCAGAUUACCUUCGAUGAUGACUAUAGUGCCUACUGGAUUUAUUUUGUCAACUUCCUGGGGACAUUGGCAGUGUUGCCAGGGAACAUCGUGUCUGCUCUCCUGAUGGACAGAAUCGGGCGCUUAACGAUGCUAGGUGGCUCCAUGGUGCUUUCGGGGAUCAGUUGUUUCUUCCUCUGGUUGGGCAGCAGUGAGUCCAUGAUGGUAGGCGUGCUGUGUCUGUAUAACGGAUUGACCAUCUCGGCCUGGAACUCUCUGGAUGUGGUCACUGUGGAACUGUACCCCACAGACCGCAGGGCGACAGGCUUUGGCUUCUUGAAUGCCCUGUGCAAAGCAGCGGCCGUCCUUGGAAACUUAAUAUUCGGCUCCCUGGUCAGCUUCACCAAAUCGAUCCCCAUCCUGCUGGCCUCCACUGUGCUGGUGUGUGGAGGACUGGUGGGCCUGCGCCUGCCGGACACACGAACCCAGGUCCUGAUGUAAUGGGGAACAAGCCAUCCAUAUACUGCAUCUCUUUCUUCUGCCCUGUGUCGACCCUCCGGACUGACUCAAGGCUUCAGAUUUUUUCAGAUCUCAAAAGGUGGUAAAAGAUCGGAACACUAACUCUUACUGUGACUGAAAUGUAGAUGCGUACUGUCCUGCCCCCUUAGAUGUGAGUUUCCAGUGUUUUUCAUGCCUUCUUACCUUUCCUAACUGGGAUGCUCCCAGCUCCCAAGAAUCAGUCCGUGGAAGCAUUUUUUUAAGUGUCCUCGUCAGCCAGGCCUCCCUAAGAUUCUGUUCACUAAAGGCUGAGGAGCCUGGGCUGCCGUAAGAAAUAGAUCCCGCUUCUGAUUUCACAUUCACGGGAAAUGUAAGUUGGUAUAUUAUUGCAUUUGUGCUGAGGAGAGGGAUACUUUUUUUUUUUUUUUUUCAAACAGAGUGAUAUUUCCUGUUUACUUAGAAAAGGACACCCAGCAAUUCUUGCUGUUACAGCAGGGCCUUUCAAAGAAAACCAUGUGCCACCACACGGAGCUGGGUGGAGCUCUUUGAGGCCUGACAGGGAAGGUGGCCUGCUAAAAAGAGAGAGAAAGGCUGAUGAGCAGCAAAGAUCUGAGUGAAUGACAGAAGCCAGAUUUCUGCCCCGUUCCAGUCCUGAAAAAUCUGAGGAGGGAGCCAGGCCAGAAUGUUAGAAGAUCGGAGACAGAUCUUCUGCCUCUGUUUACCACAUGCCCCGCCACCACCCUCCCCCUGCUGUCUUCUCCCCACCCUCACCCCAGCUGCCCUUGAUCUUGCCAGGGAGCAGAUUCCAAGAGAGAAAGCCACUUUCUGUGCCCUGGGUCAGCCUGCCUGACUCUGCCCUUCAUCCAAACUGUGUUCAAUCUAGAGAUGGUCAGUCAUCUCUGUUGUUGUAAAUUGCCCAUGAGGAAGAAAGUACCCCCCCCAAUGAUUUGGAAAUGCAAAAUGCUACCUUUAGGGUACCACACUUCGGUGCCCCCACACCCUUGACACUGGGCUUCCUAGCUGGCAGCGCUGAAGUGGGUCUUCUCCUCUAGUUUCCACUGGUCUGUGUGUUCCCCCCCUGUCUGGCUCUUUGCGGAAUCCCAGCCCGCUUAGUCUGAGCAAGGGGCCCUCUGGCAGACAAGGGCAGUGUCUCUGGUGGUUUGGGGCUGCUUGCUUUACCUCCGGAAUCUGCCUGGGCCUGGAAGACAGAGGUCAGCAGGACAUUCCCAUGGGCUGUCAGCUAUGUGACCUUCUCACCCCUUGGGCCUGCCCCUCCUCCAGGCUCAUCAUUUUUACUCAUCUUCUUUGAAAUCUGAAGCCUCCUUAUAGACUUGCAGCAGUGACCAGCAGCCAGGAAUAAAUCCCAUAUUAAAACAAUAAUCCUUUUUUUUUUUUUUUUUAAACUCUGUGUUGUCAAAGGGUUAUCCUUGUUACUUGUUAUAGCCUUUCCAGCAAGCCACAGCCCUGGGGCCCCAGGAAGGGAGAGCCUUUGUUUCCAAGAGCCAUUCCCUCCAAAGCCCCUUCCUAAGCCUGAAGGCACCCUUCCUCCCUCUCCCCUUCCUAAUGGUGCUCCUGGAGCUCCAGAGUACAGAGUUCCGACUCUGUGAAAUGUUUCUUCCAUUAACAUAGCCAUGGAUCGACUACCCCCUUCAAGUCAUUCAGGUCUGUAAAGGGGACAGCGUGGUGUGGGAGGCUGGCAGGAGGAGGGUGGUUCCCUGGGAAGGCCGGCUCAGGGCCAAAACAGCAGCAAAACGCCAACCCCAAACCGCAAAGGUAGCAGGAAGAGGGAGAAUAAGUCAAGACUCAAAGAGAUCUCUCAGCCAGAUGCCAGAAAAUCAGGGAAAGAAAUGGAACCAACUCUCACUUCUGCCUCUGUAAUAUUACUGGAGAACAAACCUAGCAUUCACACAGCCCAGGAAGGUACCCUGUAUAUUAUUCAUCCACGUGGAUUCAUUUCCCUGCCUACCCACCCCUUGAUUCAUCUUCUUAAAAAAGGCACAUGUAGGAACCCAAGCGGGUCAUUUUAGCUGAACACAGCAUGUACAAUAACCACUACCAAAAUAAGAUGUGUAUGUUCACCAGCCCAUUCAGAAGCAAGAGAAAUGUGCAUGGAUAUCGCUGUCUCUAGUCUUCUUAACUUUCUGGAAGUCAAGUUAAUCCAGUAAGCAAAGUUCACGAUCAUGUCUCACAUGUCUGUUGUAGCUCUAAAUGUGUAGGAAAUCUCCUGAGCUGCUGAGCAUAGCAGAUGCAGAGUUUUAUUGGAACGCUGAUUGGGUCAGAAUGGGAUAAACGAGCCGAACCCCACUUCGUGAGACCUGACACCAUGCAUCCCCUUCAAAAGGGCCUUUCUGGGCCUUCCCGUCACCUGAUCCAAGCCUCCCAGGUGGCCCAAGAGGGAUCUAUUCUAAUCUUCUGGACAGUCUGUGGUCACAAGCCUUCUUGGUCACCACCUUUUCCACCUUCCACGCAGUUUUCUCUGCUUCUUUGUAUUGUUCCUGUUGCCUUGAUUUUCUCUGAGGGAGUUCAGGUUGUUCCCAAAGUAUGUGGUCCGGCCUGUCUGGCUUGUUGUGGGGUUAGCUGGAUUAAGAUAGAGCCCUGCGAUUGAUUACACAGGAACUCAGCUCUAUCCACGGAGCAGCCCGCUGGCGCCGGGACCAGUGACCAGCAUCUCGUUUCACCCACAAAAGGAGGAAAAUGAGAGUAUGUGCCAAAAAGGAAGCCUAGGAAACCAUUCCACUUGCUCCUGUAUUUCUGACUCCUGUUCUGGUGAAAAUGUCCUCCUAGCUCUUUGGGAUCAAUUCAGAAUGCCAAACCCACUGGUCGGGGAUCACCAUAACAGUCAGAGUAGUGACCCUGGGAGAGAAGAUAGGGGACCCUAGCUGCCUCUAUCCUGAGCAUUACCUCCUCUCAGUGCUGGUUUGACAGUUAUCAUUGUCCGUUCAGGAAAGGGACCCACCCAGUCACAUGUACAGGGCUAGAAGACUCUCUGGUCACCAUGCUAUCACAAAGGCUUUGUCCUGUAGCUGUCCCGACUCCUUCCUCCCUUUUGUUCUUGAAACAGGAAGAUGUAGGGCUGCAAAAACUGAGUUUUGAAUGGAUACCACCUAAGUUGGCAAAUGCACCUCCUCUUCAGAUCUCACCAAAUCAGACUUCAGGUGUGUGCCAAAACCUGCUUUGCUGCUUCUCUGGAUGUCCUUAGAUAUCAUGGGAGAGGUGGGGAAAGAAUGUAGUGUCAGUGAGAGAGUCCAAGAUAUUGCUGAGAAGGUUCCAGUGAAGGGCACGCUGGAGACUUUCUAAAUGCUGGGAUCAUUUCAGAGUCAUUUCGUGGGAAUACCUUUUGAUUCCCUCUGCCAACCAAAAUAGAAUAUGAUAGUCUCCAGUUUUUUCUAUUGAAUAUCAAAGUGGCCUUUAUCUGUUUUUCAUCUGUUCAUGCACUAAAGGCUCUGAAGUCGACAAUGUCUGAAUUUGGCUUUUCCCUGGUAUCGUAGAGAGACAAGUGAUUGGUUGUCUUUGGAAAGACAAGUGAUUGGUUGAAGGUGCAUACUAGCUGUACAUUUGGUUUUCCUUUAACCCCCAUGUCAUGUUGCACUUAGUCCAGUGACAAGACCUAUAGAAACACAAGUUAGUUGGCAAAGAGAGAAAGAAAUCUAUACCAUAGGGCACUCUGAAUUGAACUAUUUAUUUCUUACAGUUUUCGGUUUCUGCCAAACAAUGUACGUUUUGAGUAAAGUUUUCCUCACAAUCUGUAUGAUGUAGACAAAAUUAUCAGUGUCUCCUAGACAUAUGUGUCCCUUUAUUGUUCCAGGUAUGGAGUGCCAGUCCUCCAUGUAAUGUUUUCUUGCUCCAAAUGUUGACCAUUCCUCCUAUUAGCAGCAUCGCAUCAACCAGACACACCAUUGCCAGAACUUUCUUGGCUCUUUCUCCAGCCAUACCUAGAUCUGAGUAAUCCCAAGAUUUUGAGUUACAAGGAUAUGGUUUGCAGAUCUGCAUUGUUUAAGGCCAGCAAGGCUGGGUGGGGCAAAGCAUUUACUCUUGUCCUUCCAUGUGAUUAUUUGGUCGAUACUGAUAGAGCACUUCCCAUGCGCUGGGUUGGGGCAGUGUGCUUCCUGUGGAUAGUGAACCAUUUGCAGGACUUAAGUGAAGGCAGAGGAAAUGGGCGUGAAAGAGAAAACAGCUAUAAUGGGGUCUCAUAUAGAAGCCCCUUCCCUAUAACACAAAGUGUUGUUUUCCCAAACAACUGAGAAAUUACUCAGACUUGGGACUACCUUUGAUGGGAGCAGAAGGCCCCUCAGUUUCUUGGCCUUUUUUGGAGGAACUAUAGAUUAGUACUUGGAAAAUAAGAGAAAUGAAGGCACACAUACACCUGCUUUGAAUGCCUUGGCUUGAAAUCCGCACUAAGGUAUUAGUCAAGGAAAGGAAGCAGCAGCAAAGAUGGCCCCUUCUUCGUAGAGACAUUGACUUUUAAAGUUCCGGAAUUCUUUGCAGGGCCUGAGAGGAGAGGUGGGGGCUAGGAAGUCUGGUCCGGUGCAGAGUCAGCCUUCCCCUCAGCUGCAGCCCUGUCCCCUGCCUCAGCUUCCCGGGCUGUUUCCUUUCUGAUUCUGAAGAUUGGUGACGGCGACGUCCACUGUCUUUGCAGAUAUGCCGGAGCCUCUUUGCUCCCUCUCCCUUCCACAGAUAAACCACCCAGAAAACAGGUUCUGACCUUAAGUCACCAAAGGUUUUCAAAUUUAAGUUCAAAACCAGUGCAGAGUUGUUGCAAAGCGUCUUGAUGCUGCAAGGACCUUUGGGGCUCUGGGGCCUGAGGGGAGACAGAGCAGUGAAAGUUGUGGGUAGUAAUCCUCCACCCUCCCCUCUGGGAGCCCCAAUUUCCUUUUUCACCACUAACCCACCCUCUUAUUAUCUCCCCCAGGCAGUACAGACUCACUUCCUUUCUUCCCCGUCUACUUUUCUUCCUCCUUGCCUCCUCUGGUCACCUCUUGACUCCAGCCAUGUACAGAGGCCAGGCCAAGCUUUCCUGGUGCACUUGGGACCAAAGAGUGCACUCACCCGUGCCUCUGGUGGAGGCCCAAAGGAUGCAGAAGGUAUUGAAAUCAGUAGGUGUGGGGGAGUCUAAGCUCCAGACUCUUGGGUUGACACAGCUCCCUGAACCAGGAGAACUUUCCAACUGCUUCUCCCUCCCAUGCUUGAUUAGAUGGCCACCACUGGCAUGGGAUCCGAAAGAGGCCCAUGGCUGGGGCAGAAGUCUGAGAGCUUAGCACUGGAUUCCCAAAAGAAAGAUGAGGCAGCCUGCCAUGAAGCUCUUGGAAUUCACUGACCUGUGGGAGGUAGAGGCCCCACUCCAGGCCUGUCAAAGGUCUGCCCAGUGCCGAAGGCUGUGAGUUUUCUAUUCCAAUUUAAAUGCUGACAUUACAGAGACUGCCCCCUCUUGCCAACCCUGCCAGAGUUAUGUUCCUCUGAGUACCAAGAGUGCCCAAAACUAGGAGGGGGAGAAAGCAGCCCUUGGCCCUCUGUUCAGACUCCGAUAGGGCUCAACACCAGCCUAGAAGCCCACCCUAGAAGUAGGUGUGCAGAGUGAAUGAGGGAGCCUGCUCACAGGGGCCAGAGGCCUUGAAAGCCAGCGACAUGAGGGAGCAGCUCAGACCCGCUCCUUGGAGCCAAUCCUUUCAGGCAUUUUGUGAGCCAGUUUGGGAAACACAGCCAUAACUAAAAAUUAGGUUAUGAAACCUUACAAUUCAAUGGUAAAUAUGUGAAAGCCGUUGCUGUUUAAUUAUUUCACUGCACGUUAGCAAAAUCCAUGCCCUCGAGGUGAUGGCUGCCUAUGGUCUCUGGAUGGUAGUGAUGCUCUAUACCAGCGGGCUAGUGCACACGUCUUUCCAAUUCCACAGUCAGUGAUGUUACAUUCGUAGCUUGGAAUCGGCCCAGGUUUGUGGGGAGGUGGGAGCGGUAGGAUUUGCACCGUGGAAAUCUUCCAAGGCUGCCAGUCAGACUCGUAGCCCCAAAGCUCUGAACGCUGGAUGACCUCCCGCCUCACAGACCCAGGCCACACCAAAGUGAGUCCUGUAGGUUUGUGGGUCAGUGUAGCCCACAUGCCCAAGUGAAGGAAAGACUUAGCAAGCUCAACCUCACCUCCUUUCAGUGCACAAAGGGUUUCUUUCUGCAUUUGUAUUGACUCAAACAGGACACACUGUGCGGAGAGGAGAAUCCCCCGCUUUCUAUGGGUAUUGGUCCUUCAGGGAGAUGUACCGAUUGGCUAUUGUAUGUUGUUCAAACAAAACAAACUCUUUGAAGCUAUGCAGUGUCUUCCCUCUCACACCCAAGUAGGUGUCCAAGAAGGAAACUCCUUCCUUGCCCUUGACAUUCACCAGGCCUGCCUGGAUAGAACAGGACAGAUUUGCUUAAUAUCACUUCUACCAUUUAUAAAUGUUAGACAUUUAUUGUGCUGAAUCUAGGUCCUAAGUCAAACAGAAGAAAAAAGAAAUGGUCUUUCUUGAUAACAUGCUUUUGUAACAUCUAAGAAGUGGUUAUAUAUCCUCACCCCGACCCGGGAACAUACUGAAUAGAUCAUGUGUUCUUCACUGAUGUCUAGAUGCUGUAAAUAAAGUCCUGCAAGAGUGGGUUUUUUUUUUUUCCUUCAGGUAAACCUCCAUUUUUGGACACAUGCUAAGCCCACCAUCUGCUCUCCUUUGCAGUGAGAUCUUGGCAGGGGUCCUAUCCAUGGCUUUGGCAUUUGGGUGUUUUGUUUUCCUCUGUCUUGUUCCUUUCCUGUUUUCACUGCUCUGUAAGACCUCCUCCUGUGAAUGUUCUAGUUACCCCAGUUGUACUGUAUAUAUGUGCUGCAUGUGUGAACCCCAAUAAAUUCUGUUUCAGGUUUCUGGAGUUUCCAUCUUCCCUACAGCUGGUCCUGUUGUGAUCUCAUCUUUCUGGUAUGCUUCUCUGUGUCUGAGUCCCGAUUGCCAAAAUGUUUGACCAAGUGUGUUUUAACAAAUGUCCCGAGACCCAUGCGUAUCCUUGUGAACGGGCAUGCUCCGUGUGGGAUGACUCGUGUACAGCAUAAAUCUAUCAAUGUGGAAGUGUGCGUACAUUUACUUGCCAGAUACCUAACAUUCAUGUAACAGCUGCAAAGAUAAUUAAUGUACAUUGGAUUAUUAAUAAAAGAGCAUUUUUUUGCUCCAUUAUAUUCAAAUAAAGGUUGUUGCAUGACUGG